AUGAAUCAUUUCCUACCAAUUUUGAUCAUUGUGCUGUCUGCCUAUCGCAUCGUCUUUUGCGAUGAUGAAUGCGUCACGUUUCACGGCAGGGUAGUUUGCAAGAAGAAACAAUUUCUGGCAUUUUUUACCAGCUUAACGAUUAAAGACUUGGCUUAUAAGGAUCUGAUCCUGGGAAGAAAUUUUACCAACCGAAAAGGUUUCUACGUUAUUUCCGGUUGUGUGCCAGAAACAUAUUACUCAAAGCACGCGGAUCACAAACACGAACCGUACAUAGAAAUCUAUCACAUCUGCAACUCACUCGUAGGCGAGACGUUGAUCAAACGCGUACCGUUUAAAGGAAGGCACGAAAUGACCCAACUUGAAGACAUUGUGCUGGACAACAAUGCUCCUCUCUGGCCAGGGCAUAAAGCGUACUUUUCCGGAUUCGCUUCCUGA